GUUGCCGCUGGGGCGGAGCCGAGCCAGUGGAGGGCGGUGGGGGCGGGGCAAGCGCGGAGGACCAGGGACCGGCUCCGGACCGCGCAGUUAGCGCCGCCUGGCCUGGGGCGAACCCGGUCAGGGUUCCCAAGCUGUCGUCCCUAUGGGGCUGUGUUUUCCUUGUCCCGGGGAGUCCGCGCCUCCCACGCCGGACCUGGAAGAGAAAAGAGCAAAGCUUGCAGAGGCUGCAGAGAGAAGACGAAAAGAGGCUGCAUCUCGGGGAAUUUUAGAUGUUCAAUCUGUGCAAGAAAAGAGAAAGAAAAAGGAAAAAAUAGAAAAACAAAUUGCUACAUCUGGGCCCCCACCAGAAGGUGGACUUAGGUGGACAGUUUCAUAAAGCAUAACAUGAGUAGAAGAAUCUACUGCCAAUAACUGUUUAUUAUCUGCAAUCAAGUGGACUUCAUCAAUUUAAUUUCUUCUCUUUGAGUAAAUGAAGAUUCAGACUUUGUAAUAUUAUUGCCCUUAAGUGCAAUGCUAAAAAAACGUUGAUUUUCAAGCUUAGAGAAUGGCUAGACUUUUCAUUAAAUACUGAUUUUCCUACAUUUGCUCUUCUGCAGUUAGUGGGUGAUUUGCUAUUUUUCUUAGUAGUUAAAAAAUGGAACUAAGUAGUGAAUAUACAUACACUGCAUGUAAACAUUCUGCAUAUACCUCUAAGAUUAAAAUUCGCAGUUGUCUUUUCAUCCUUUAUAAAAUGAUCUAACUACUUAUAUUUGUGCUGCAUCGCGUUACAUCUGUUUUUAUUUCACUAUGUAUGAAGAUGUUUGAUUAAACUUAUGGACUUAGUGCCUUUAAACUGAUCAUCAGGGAGAAUCUUGAAAAAAUCAUUUGAAGGGCUGAUGUGAAGGAGCACUGUAAAUUUUUAUAACUUAGUAAUGGAUAUUCUUAGGCAGAUGUAAAAUUUUUUCCAAUUUAUUUUUAUUUAUGUAGCUUAUAAAAUUAACAUACCCUGUUUUACUUUAUGAUAAAGGAUUUUUUGUUUGCUGAAUUUAAAAUUAUAUAUUAGUGAUACCAUCAGAGGGCAGUGAUGUUCUAUUGUAUAUUAAAUUCAGCUCUGUAAGGAUCUUUGUAGUAAUUGAAUGAGUUAAACUAAUAAUCUGGAUGGGUUAUAAUGAGUAGUAAUAUAUUUGUCCAUAUUUCAUAAGUAGUGUUAAUCUUGUGUACUUAUUAGAGAAUGAUCAUAAGAUUUAUACAGAUGUGAAACUGCGAACAAAGGCAAGUAUGAAUUUAUGAAAAAAACAUGUAGGUACUGUACUUACAAAAGGUCUACUUCAGAUGUAAAAAUAUUAGGUAAUUCUAUACAAUGCAUAGUCAUAAACCUUAACAUUUUUGUUCAUUAGAAACAUGAAUUUUAUAGCAUUUUUUGUUUCUCCUAUAUAAUACACUGAAAUAAAAGAAUUUGUGUUAGCUAUUAAGGCUGAUAGCUCUUUUAAAUGGCAAGGCCACAUGUUGAGCCCUAAAUUAAAAUUUGCAGAUAUUAAGUGCUAAUAGAAAUUUUAAGUUAAAUCGACCAAGUUCACUUGCUUUACACAAAGGAAACUGAGCCACUAUCUUCAUCUACCCCUCCCACAAAAAUUAUGUUAUACUGCAGUAUAUUGUACAUGUUAAUUUUAAAAAGUUUGAACUAUUAUAUAAUACAGGUCUCUUGACUUCUCAUGGAAAAAUUAUUUUUUCUAUUAUGGUGUGAAAUAUUGUGUGAAUAUCUAGGCAAAACAUAACAAUUUGGCUCAAUUUUCUUUAGAGGAUUCGUGCUGUUUUUGUUCAUAAAGGGUAGUGAAGUCACUGAACUAUAUUUUAGAAUGAAAAUUUUUGAUUUUAUUAAAAUGAUUUUUUCAAGGCAGAAAGUAAAAGGAAUGAUUGAUAGCGGAGUGCAUAUAGAGGUAGAGCAUAUCAUCCUUGAACUCUGCAAAUCCUUUCUUCCAUUUUAAUAUAGCAAGAACAAUUUUGUCUUUACUACAUCUUAAAGAAUUAGAACUUCGGUUGGUGUAAGUGACUUACUUCCAGGGAAUCAUGCCCUAUUUCUACCAGCAGGUCAUACCCAAAUGUCACGCUAUCUAUUGUUAACCAUGAAUGAUAUUCAGAUCUAUUACUUUUCGGGAAAAGUGGAACAUGUUACUUCCAACCAUGGCCUGUCACCAUGAGUGUGAUCAGCUUUCUCCAAAACCACAUGGGUCGCAGGAGCUAAGGAGUGGUACCCAAAUGUUAGGAACAGUGUUAGGAAAGGGCAAGGGAAAAGAAGUGACUGAAUGUCUUAUGAGAAACCGGUAAAUGACUAAAAAAAAAAGCAAAUGACUAAAAACAUGACUAAAAAAUUAUAUAUAUAUAUAAUAUAUAUUAUAUAUGUGUGUAUACAUACACAUAAUAUCUGCAAAUUCUAAUUUAUAUAUGUGUGUGUAUAUACACACACACACACACACGCCCAUACACACAUACGUCCGGACAUCUCCCUCAUAAAAUAACCAUCAGUUCCUAUGAAAACCUUAAGUGGAAGCCAAUUUCCCAUAGUAAGUAAUUUAGGAGAAAAUUAUAAUGCUUAAAAUGUUGCUCAAACCCCUGACCUAUUACUAAACUAUAACUGGAACAGUAAAAUGCAUAUAUGUAACUAUCAUAUCAUGAUUUAAAAUUGCUUAAACCAUUGCUGCGUAAUACUAAUCAAACUUACGGCUGCUAACAAAAGUUGUGAAUUAUUACACGGCCUCUUUGUAACGUGCUGCAUGUUUUUUAAAACAUCUCUGUGUUUCUGUUUGUUCCACUGCUAGUAUUUGGAAUGUAAUUUAACAGUUCCCACACAUGGUUUGGUUAUAAAUUCUGUAUUGCCUUUUAGGGAUAUAAAUAUACAUUUUUUUCUAUGUAAAAAUUAGCUUUAGCUGUCUCUUUAACAAAAUUUUAUCUUUACUGCAUCCUAAAUACUUAGAACCUGAAUUGGUGGUUAGGGAAACCUCAGGAACAUUUUUAUCACAUUGGGAUUCAGAAGAGCAACAGAACCAAAGGUUGUUUGGUGUGUUCAUACAAUCCCUGGAUUUAUAGGUGGAUUUUCUAUAAAGGAAAAAUGAUGUAAUUAGUAUCCUGUUUUUUCCUAAAGAAAUAAUACUAUCAUAAAAAUUCUGUCUAUCCUUUGUACCCCAGGAAAAUGGACAUGAACUUUGAAUUUUCCCUUUCUCCAAAUGUUUGACUUCUUAUUUUCACUGAUGAGCAUUAUGCUAUGUUCUUAGAAGACAAAAGCAACUCUUGCCGGUUUUGAAUAAUUUCUGCAUGAAUAGACCAGUAAGAGAAAACCUUUCCAACCUAUGAGAGAAAGAGAUGUGAAGAAAGAAGACGGGUCAUAGAGAUGCUACAUUGCUGAUUUUGAAGAUGGAGGAAGGAAAUCAUGGAGCUUAGGAAUGCAGGUGGCCUCUAGAAGAUGGAAAAGGAAAGGAGAUGGAUGCUCCCCUAGACUCUUCAGGAAGGAAAACAGCCUUGGUGACACUCUGAUUUUAGCCUAUUGAAACCACGUUGAAUGACUGCAGAAAUGUGAGAUAAUAAACAUGCUUAUUCAGCUACCAAGUUUGUGGCAAUUUAGUGCAGCAAUAGAUAACUACUAAUGCAAAAGAUAAAGAGGUUAAUAUUACUUUUGUUAAGCUACACUUCUUUAAUGAAGUUGACUAUUAUUUUUAAUUUUUGUUUGAGAGACAGGCAGUGGAAUUAUAUUAUUAAGGAUAUAAAUACGCUUAUGGAACAAAUUUAGGCACAGGAGAAAAUGUUGAUGGAAAUAUUGUCAUUAACUACACAAAGAAAUUCAGUGUCAGUAUUAGGUAAUUUAAAGAUCUUAAUCUUUAUCACUCGACAUUAUAUUUUAAAAUAUAUUAGAAUUAUUCACUGCACCAAGGUGACUAUCUCCUACAACACCUCAGGGUUUUUUUUUUUUAAUCAAUUUUUUUUUUUUUAGGUUUCACUGACUUUCUCUCCCCCAAAUGAUUAUCAUCCCUUCCAGCACUACAAAAUUAUGCCAUGCAUGUUAUUUAAGAACUUCUCAAUUAACACAUUAUGUAUAUUUUGACUAAAUUUGUCAUGUGACAAACAUUCUUCCUUCCUGACUUUUUGGAGCAAGAAAGGUGGAUUCUUUUGUUGAUGUUGAAAAAUGAAUACAUGAAAAAUUAAUUUUCUAUCCUUUUUAUACUGAGAGCAGCACUUAACAUUACUACCAAUAAUAAAACCUGAACUCUCUGCUAAGGAAAACUAACACCACCAUCACUCAUCUCCCAAAGUGAAGAAGUGCCAGGGAGCCCUAAUUUGAUUCUUCUUACAACUGUUGGAGAAAGUUGCCAUUUGAAAAUUAACUUGAUUUCAGAAUGAGGCAUUGAUUUAGAGACAGAUAACAUUUUUAAAACUUAUCCUUUUAAUUCUUGAAAGAGUAAGGACAAUAUUUUGCUGUUUAUUGGUAUAAAACAGCCCUGUCCCAGGUAUACAAGGGUAUACGUAAGUCUGUAACAUCAUUAGCUACAGUGAAUUUACUUUACUAGAAAGCAUAGCAAAAUAGGAUUAACUAAAGAUAUAUUUUUAAUAAGAAAAUGCUUUGAAAUAACAUGAAAUCAGUGAACAUUUGACUGUACGAUUUACUCGUCAAAAUAUCAACGUAUGUCAGCUCAUGUAUGAAUUACACUAGAUCAUUCUAAACACAGCCAUGUGCUAAGGAAUGUGUGAAAUAACUCAUAAGCUAUUCUCUAAGGGAGUGUACUGAAAACUUCUAAAAGUACCCCAGAUAUUUGGUCAUAGAUAAGAGAUAUACUUUAAGGCAUCCUUCCAAGUGAAUGUAAACUUUUCGGAAGUGGCCUUUCCAGUAACAUAUUACUAUUGUGAAUACUCUGUACUUAUUUGUAGUGCUGUUGGAUAUUUUUUGCAGCACAUUAUCACACUAAUCAUCAUUUUGUAAAAAAAAAAAAAAAAAGCAUAAAAAUCUUGCAAUUAUAAAAAUGUCUGGAGUGCUUUUACUCAUGAGUGUAAAGCAGGCACUUUCUGUUGACUUAUCUGCAAAUCCUAAAUGUUUUCUCCUUAUUUAUCUUUAGUUAGAAUUGUGUUUCUAAUAUUGUGUUCUAAAUACUGUGUUCGCACAUUGAGAAAUAAUAAUUUGCCUAAAAUUUGGCUAAUUUAAAUUUGAGUUUAGAUUUUCUUUUAAUAGGUCAUAUUCUACAGAAGCAUUAAAAAUAAAUAGUGCUACUCUUUGAACAUUUUUCAAUAUGAUGACAUUUUUCUGUCUAUCUUUCUCCAAAACAGUUUUCAGAACAUAUGAACUAAACUGACUAUACUGGAGAAGUGGAUACAGGCCAUUAUGAGGGUCCCCUUGUCAUGACCAAUUUGUUUCACUUAAUUUCCUUCUUAGCCUUAUAACUGGCAGAGACCACCAAGUAGUUAUCUGGAUUCAUGUCCUUUAGAGUUGGAGAUUUGCUUUGGAUAGGGGAUGUUUUGCCAUCCACACGGGAGAUCUGCAGCAUUCGGCAGGGGUCGUGUUUCAACAAAUACCCUGCAAAAGUUUCCCAGCCUCCUCCCACACGGACCAUGACAUGUUUGUUGUGCAGCAUCUGAAAUGAAAAAAUAUCAAAAGUGUUAAAUUUCGAGAAUUUUUACAGUACCUUGAAUCAACCCCUGGUUCUAGUGAAAUUAGUGUUUUGGUUUGUAUUUCAUGACCCAUUGUUUUUCUACUUGGUGCAAAAUGUCUGAGUUAGCAUAUAGUCUAUGAAAGAAGUCCUGUUUUUUUCCGUGGAAGUGGUAAGAAUAAACAUCUCCAGAACCCAGCUUUGCUGUGCUAUGGGAACCAGCACCUACGUAUAAUUCUUUGGUUUAAUGUGUCUGGAGGCUUCUCUCUGACAUCUGAUCUUCUAUUACAGUUCUUAUUACUGCCUCUGGUUCCUGCCUACUGACUCAGCUUAGUGCUCCAUUUUUCCCAGUGGGUUAUUCCCCUCUGAAUCAGGAUUUUAAGGACCAUGGAAAUGUCUGCUAUUGAAUUACAAUGCUAAGAGUCAGACAAAUACUCAAUACAAAAUAACAUUGAAAGUGCACUAAAAAAAUUAUUGGAGUUUUCCCAAUAAUUGUCAUUGUCUGAGCCCUUGAAGGCAAGGUGUUUUUGAAUAGGCAAACAUUUAUGUUUUUCUUUAUUCUUUUUCUUCCUAAUUAUCGUAGAAUAUGUCUUUUAAAACAAACAACUUACCCCUAGGCCCAGGAGCCAUCUAGAGCUCCAACUUAACAAGGUUAUUGAUUUAAAUGUGAAGAAUGCAUGAUUCUUUGUAUCUAGUAAAAAUAUAUCAUGGAGGUUUGACAUGGAAAACCAAAUAAUUUGUCAUCAGCUUCUUGCAAAUAUCAGAAAAUUUAAUAUUAAGUGGUAAUGUUGCAUGAUCAUCAAAGACCCUGCUGACUCCCUCUCCUGCCCAAAAUGUUAUGGAUACAUAUGGGCACUGUAAUGUUGGGAAGAGGAUGUGAUUGUGAGAGAAAGUCUGGGAAGUCACAUCAUAGAGCCUAUAAAAUCUGUUUCAAUUCUUCUUACUUGGCGUCAGCUUGAGAUCUAGACUUUUUUUUUGACUCCUAGCCAGUGGGAGAUGACUUGUAUUCUUACCACUUGUUCUUACCACUUUCAUGUAGGUUUUGAUAAAGAUUUUGGACCUGCUUUCUAUAUGCCUGUAUCUAAAAUUUCUGCAUGUGUAUUUGGGGGUUUCACAGAACUUCAUUUAUGUGGUUGACAUGAAGCAGUUUUCAAAAUCAAAUAUUGUACCAACUAAUAAAAAUUUAAUGAAAAAUAGUA